CCGAGCCUGCACCUCCGUCCGGCGCUGCCCGAGGAUUCCGACCCCGGUCCUGCAGCCCCCGGCCGCUCGCCGCGCUCGGCUCGCGCACAGCAGGGCGCCGAUCGCUAUGGAGUAUUUCAUGGUGCCCACUCAGAAGGUGCCCUCUUUGCAACAUUUCAGGAAAACAGAGAAAGAAGUGAUAGGAGGGCUCUGUAGCCUGGCCAACAUUCCACUGACCCCUGAGACGCAGCGGGACCAGGAGCGACGGAUCCGGCGGGAGAUCGCCAACAGCAACGAGCGGCGGCGUAUGCAGAGCAUCAACGCGGGCUUUCAGUCCCUCAAGACCCUCAUCCCCCACACAGACGGAGAGAAGCUCAGCAAGGCAGCCAUUCUGCAGCAGACUGCCGAGUACAUCUUCUCCCUGGAGCAAGAGAAGACCAGGCUUUUGCAGCAGAACACACAGCUCAAGCGCUUCAUCCAGGAGUUGAGCGGCUCGUCCCCAAAGCGGCGGCGGGCGGAGGACAAGGAUGAGGGCAUCGGCUCGCCGGACAUCUGGGAGGACGAGAAGGCCGAGGACUUGCGGCGGGAGAUGAUCGAGCUUCGGCAGCAGCUGGACAAGGAGCGCUCGGUGCGCAUGAUGCUGGAGGAGCAGGUGCGCUCGUUGGAGGCCCACAUGUACCCGGAAAAGCUCAAGGUGAUCGCUCAGCAGGUGCAGCUGCAGCAGCAGCAGGAACAGGUGCGGCUGCUGCACCAGGAAAAGCUGGAGCGGGAACAGCAGCACCUGCGGACCCAGCUCCUGCCCCCUCCGGCCCCCACGCACCACCCCACGGUGAUCGUGCCGGCUCCGCCUCCCCCGCCCUCCCACCACAUCAACGUCGUCACCAUGGGCCCCUCCUCGGUCAUCAACUCUGUCUCCACAUCCCGGCAAAACCUGGACACGAUCGUGCAGGCGAUCCAGCACAUCGAGGGCACCCAGGACAAGCUGGAGCAGGAGGAGGAGCAACGGCGGGCGGUCAUCGUGAAGCCGGUCCGCAGCUGCCCGGAGGUGCACACCUCCGACACCGCCUCCGACUCCGAGGCCUCGGACAGCGACGCCAUGGACCAGAGCCGGGAGGAGCCGCUGGGGGGCGGGGAGCUUCCCUGACCACCCCCCCAGCCCUCCUCUCCCUUCUGGGGGCUGGAGGGGGCCGGGCAGCAACAGGGAGAAACGUGGGUGAAUGCGGAAUUUUUACAAAAUUACGAUGUCAUUUGGGUCUCUUUUGUGACCUCCUUUUCAAAUACUGUAAAUCGACCUUUGACCGACGGCCCCAACCCGAGGUCCCGGGGCUGGGGUGGCGCAGAGCGUGUGGGAGCAUCACCGGGACCCCCCGGGCUGGGGCAGGCUCACGCUGAGGGCCGGGCCUCUCUCUGCCAAAAGCAUUUUUUCAUUGAAACGUGUUUUUGAGAACAGGGAAAAAUCAACAAAACCCCAAGGCUUUUUUGUCUUUGCCGGAGGCAGCCCCGCGCCGGGCAGCCAUCAGUCCCCUCUUCCCCCCUCUUUGGUAAUCCUCCUUCUCCUUUAAGCACUUACAUGGGUUGGGGGUCAGGCUGGGCCGGGGGCUUUCUGGGGGCCCGGGGGUCUGCGUCGCUUGGGCUGGGGUUUGCUGCUGCCCUUCUCCCCUUCCCUCCCCUCCCAGCACAGGGUGUGCCACUCCCCCCAGCCCCUACAGGUUUCCCACGUCCAGCCCAAAAAUGUCUUCGUCUCUGUUUUGUUUGUUGUUGGUUUUUUUUGUUUCGGUUUUGUUUUUGGUUUCUGUUUUGAUUUUUUUUUUUUUUUUUUUUUUUUUUUACAAUUUUGAGGUCUUUGUGUUCCAGGAGAAGCUAUUAUAUUUUGUUAAGAAAGUGGGGAGGGGGAAAAAAAAACCAAGAGGCCACUGUGCCUUUGUAAAGAAA